UGGAGAGGGCCAAAUGUGAACUGCGUUGACAGUACUGGAUACACUCCACUGCACCAUGCUGCUUUGAAUGGUCAUAAGGAUGUUGUGGAAGUUCUGCUGAGGAACGACGCGCUAACCAAUGUAGCAGACUGUAAAGGCUGUUACCCUCUUCACCUGGCAGCUUGGAAAGGAGAUGCAGACAUCGUGAAGCUCCUCAUUCACCAGGGACCUUCACAUACUAAAGUGAAUGAGCAGAAUGCUCUUGAGAUCAAAGAACUCAAAAAGUACGGCCCCUUUGACCCAUAUAUCAAUGCCAAGAACAACGACAACGAGACGGCGCUGCACUGCGCGGCGCAGUACGGCCACACCGAGGUGGUGAAGGUCCUUCUGGAGGAGCUGACUGACCCCACCAUGCGCAAUAACAAGUUUGAGACUCCUCUGGACCUGGCUGCGCUCUACGGGAGGCUGGAAGUUGUGAAGAUGCUCUUGAAUGCUCACCCCAAUCUUUUAAGCUGCAACACUAAGAAACACACUCCCCUGCACUUGGCAGCUAGGAAUGGUCACAAAACUGUAGUCCAUGUCCUCCUGGAUGCCGGCAUGGAUAGCAACUAUCAGACUGAAAAAGGCAGUGCUUUGCACGAAGCUGCUUUGUUUGGCAAGACAGAUGUGGUACAAAUAUUGCUGGCUGCAGGUAUUGAUGUGAACAUAAAGGAUAACAGAGGCCUGACAGCUUUGGAUAUUGUGAGGGAACUUCCUUCUCAGAAAAGCCAACACAUAGCAGCUCUUAUCGAAGAUUACACGAUCGGGAAGAAAAGUGCCAAAGCUGCAGAGAAGACUGUUCAAGCACCGCUUGCUCCAGCCACUGAUCCUGUGUGCCGCAUGUCUCAGGGUGAUGUGGAGAAAGCAGUUACAGAACUGAUCAUAGAUUUUGAUGUGAACCCAGAAGAGGAGAGCCCAUAUGAAGCUUUAUACAAUGCAACGUCCUGCCACUCCCUGGACAGCCUUGCCAGCGGGAGAUCUUCAGAUCGAGAGUCUGUGAAUAAGGAAGUGGAAUCAACUGGCCUCAAAGCAGCAGGAGUCAGGCCCAGAGAGCGCCCACCCCCGCCUGCCAAGCCACCACCCGAUGAAGAGGAGGAGCAGCAUGUGGAGAAGAAGAUAGGCCAUGGUGCUUCCUGUGAGGCCUCUGUUGCACGAGGAAAGAGGAGGGGAAGUGGAGCUGAGGAAGAGGAACACCCUUACGAGCUGUUGCUUACAGCAGAAACUAAAAAGCCAGUGGUGGUGGAUAGGAAAACAAAAGACCACAGGAGGAGCAGUGGCAGCCGCAGCCAGGACUCUGCCGACGCCCAGGACAUCCAGGUUCCAGACCAGUUUUCAGGGCUGCUUCAUGGUUCUUCCCCGAUCUGUGAGAUAAGUGAGGACCCUUUCAGGCUCGUUUCCUCCACGGAGAAAGGAGGCACGGAAGCUACAAGCCACCCACCUGCUAUGCAGCUGGAGGAUGCUGACUUACCUGCCUCUGGAUCAGUACGGACCAGCUCGCCAGACCAAAACCAGAAAGUGGUCUACGCAACCGUCCAGCACACGCACGUCAACCGGGCGGAUCCUGAAACUGUAGUCACGCCCCACGUGUUACAGCACCCCGGCGGUGCUGAAGAAGAGGGGGACAGAGCUGUGGGCAGAGCCCACCCAGGGAGCAAGCCCAAAGCCGAGCUUAAACUCAGCCGCAGCUUGUCCAAAUCGGACUCUGAUCUUCUGACCUGCUCUCCGACAGAGGACGAUGCCAUGGGGAGCCGGAGCGAAUCGCUCUCGAACUGCAGCACUGGGAAGAAGAGGCUGGAGAAGUCCCCGUCCUUUGCUUCGGAGUGGGAUGAGAUUGAGAAAAUCAUGAGUUCCAUCGGCGAAGGCAUUGACUUUUCUCAGGAGCAGCAGAGGAUCUCAGGUUCGCGGAUGCUGGAGCAGAGUGUCGGGGAGUGGCUGGAGUCCAUUGGCCUGCAGCAAUAUGAGAGUAAGCUGCUUUUGAACGGCUUUGAUGAUGUCCGCUUCUUG